AUGGCUCCACUCUGUAAAAAGUACCAAGUCCGAGGGGCACCGGCUAUCGCGAUCGUUGGCUGUCUGAGUUUGGCCGUGGAAAUUCAGCACAAAACUUACCAAUCGCCGGAAGAGCUAUACCAAGAGGUCAAGGAUAAAUUCGAGUACCUCAUCACUGCCAGGCCGACAGCCGUGAACAUCAAACUCGCGGCCGAUGAGUUCACGCUCUUGGCCAAAAAACUGUGCGCUGAAAAAAUGACACCGAUCGAAAUGAAAGACAAGAUAAUCUCGGAGAUCACGUUGAUGCUGGAGAAAGAUAUCAAAGACAACAAGGCGAUAGGUGAUCACGGUGCUACUGAAAUUCUGAAGACGUGCCCAAGCAAAGGGAAAAUAAGGAUAAUUACCCACUGCAAUACUGGGAGUUUAGCUACUGCAGGCUACGGCACGGCCCUGGGUGUGAUUCGAUCACUGCACAGUAAUGGAAAAAUCGAGCAAGUGUACUGCACGGAGACAAGGCCGUACAAUCAGGGAGCGAGGCUGACAGCCUACGAGCUGGUGCACGACAAGAUCCCAGGAACAUUGAUCUGCGACGACAUGGUCGCGGCGCUCAUGAGGAGCAAAGAUAUAACGGCAGUCGUCGUUGGAGCUGAUAGGGUUGUUGCCAAUGGAGAUACAGCCAACAAAAUUGGAACUUACCAGAUCGCUGUUCUGGCGAAUUACCACAAAGUGCCAUUCUACGUGGCAGCGCCAUUCACGACCAUUGACUACUCGAUAGCCAACGGCAACGGCAUCAAGAUAGAGGAGAGGCCACACGACGAGCUGACCAACGUCAACGGAACGAGAAUCGCAGCUCAGGGUAUCGACUGCUGGAAUCCUGCCUUUGACGUCACACCGGCCGAACUGAUCACUGGGAUUAUCACCGAACGUGGUGUUUACGAGCCCAGCGAGUUGGCAGGCUUAAAUAAUUAAAUGUUUCGCGUACCUUUUAAAAAAAUUUUUUGUUUGAUAUUAGAACAAGUUAUCGUGGAU